GACAUCAGGUGCUGGAUAUAAGAGGCAGCAAGACACCCGAGAGUUGCUGUGCGUUCACAGUGCAGUACAGACCUCAGUCUCUCUCUUAGCCUCCUAUUCCCCCCAGUGGAGAUCCCUAACCAUGUUGUUCUGGCACACGCAGCCCGAACAUUACCUCCAGCAACAUCCGACGACCAGCUACCUCCACGAUGUCCUGACUCUGCCCAUUUUCAAACACGAGGAGACCAGCCUCUCUCCCGGCCACGAUACCAAACAGCUCCCGUUCCAGUACGUGCUGUGCGCAGCCACCUCUCCUGCGGUAAAGCUCCACGACGAAACUCUGACCUACCUCAACCAAGGUCAAUCUUACGAAAUCUGUAUGCUUGACAACAGAAAACUAGGAGAUUAUGAGGAAAUAAAUGGCAAAUAUGUCAAGAGCAUUAUCCGGGUGGUCUUUCACGACCGUCGAUUACAAUACACCGAACACCAGCAGCUGGAGGGCUGGAAGUGGAGCCGUCCGGGAGACCGGAUACUGGACAUCGAUAUUCCCCUUUCAGUUGGUAUCUUGGAACCCCGGUCCAAUCCCAUGCAGCUAAAUACUAUUGAAUUUCUUUGGGAUCCUUCCAAAAGAGCCUCUGUUUUCAUUCAGGUUCAUUGCAUCAGCACCGAGUUCACGCCCAGGAAGCACGGAGGGGAGAAGGGGGUUCCCUUCAGGAUCCAGAUCGACACCUUCAAACAGAACGAGAGCGGUGACUACGCAGAGCACCUGCACUCUGCCAGCUGUCAGGUCAAAGUCUUCAAGCCCAAGGGGGCUGACCGGAAACAGAAAACCGAUCGAGAAAAGAUUGAAAAGAGGACAGCCCAGGAGAAGGAAAAAUACCAGCUGUCUUACAGCACCACCAUCCUCACCGAGUGCUCUCCCUGGCCUGAGAUCUCCUACUUGAGCAAUCCUCCCUCGCCAGGCUACAGCAUCUCACCUGGCAGCUACAUUGUUAGCGAAGGAAACUGUUCCCCAACUGAAGUCGAGCCCCUUCCUCCGAGCAUAGAUCGAAGGGCUUCUAUCCUCUCUGUAUCGCAGCACCUUCUGCCCGUAACAAGCAACCAAGAUGUACAACAGUGGCUGCUCAGACACCGCUUUUCACCUUUCUGCCGACUGUUUGUGAACUUCUCAGGUGCAGACUUGCUGAAGCUCUCCAAAGAGGACCUGAUCCAGAUCUGUGGUCCUGCCGAUGGAAUCAGACUGUUUAACGCCAUCAAAGGAAGAACCAUCCGUCCCAAACUGAGAAUCUAUGUGUGCCAGGAACCUGAGCACAACGGAACCCACCAGCCACAAAAGCAAGAAGGUGGAGGAGGGCAGAGCACUUUGUGUGUCUACCAUGCAAUCUAUUUGGAAGAACUGACAGUGGUAGAAUUGACUGAGAAAAUAGCAAAUCUGUACAGCAUUUCUCCACAGCAGAUUAACCAGAUCUACAAACAGGGACACACUGGGAUCCACGUGCUUAUCAGUGAUGAGAUGAUACGGAACAUACCUGAUGAGGCUUGCUUUGUCAUCAGCACCUUAAAAGCUGAGAGAAAUGAUGGGUAUCACAUCAUCUUAAAGUGAAGAUGAACAGCCAAAGAAGUCAGCUGUUCGGAUGCCACUGUGACUUGGAUAUUGGAAGCCGUCUGCGAAAUACAAUGGUCCAUCGCUCUGCCCAAACCUGCUGUCGUGUCACUCCAAGCCUUCGAGAGCUAACAGAGAAACAGAUGAUUUUUUUUUCCCAAAUCGAGAUUUUUUUUGUUUGUUUGUUUGUUUCUCAGUGCCUUAAUCCUUGCUGUAGUUUGAUCUUGUAGUUUCGACCAGUUGAGUUCCACUCCCAAUGUGUUGUCAAACCAAUUCUACAGUAGGGAGUUAGGACUAUGUAAGGAGAUGUGCAAUAUUGUCGUAGGAAAGCCCUUGUGAGUUUAGUGUGUGGUGAUGCGGGCGGUUAUGUUAUAUCUGACCCUGGUGUGCCAUCGAUCAACAAUGAGGACUCUUAACCUGUGACGUUGACGAACUGGAUUCUCUGUGUUGAACGCGAGUCACGGCUCGCGAAUCCCCAAAAAGUGGACAAAAAUUCCAGGGAGCGAACCCCAAUCAGAAAUGCCAAUUUUUUAUUUUGCUGAUUCGGAUUUCGUUGUUUUGAGAUUCGCGAUUGUCCCAGCUGUAGAUUUCGAAAGCCCGACUCUCGGCGGCCAGAUGUUACGAUAAACUCGACCAUCUUCCUAAGAUUGCAAGUUCACAUGUCUCCUUGGUUUAAGGGAACCACAAAUUCCGCGUCAUUUUGAUCACUGGCCGAAACGAGCAUGACUUCUGUUUCUUUGCGGCGAGUGUGUCUUUUGUCCUAUAAGAGGUAUUGAACGGCCAAUGACAUUUUUUUUGUUAUAUAUGAUCAAAGAACCGUUUGAGAUGCUGUAUGUUCAAUCCAUACGAAGCCUCCUUUCCCUGAAGCUUUGAGUCCUGCGUCUUUCUUCUGUAAAAGGAGACGAGAACCAAAAUGGUAUUGGAAUCGAAUUCUUGCAUUUGGUACUAUAAGCUUUAAAACAAUCUAGGAUAUGCAAUUGCGUGUCUCGGUGAAUAUGGGAAUAGGUGAAAAGGAUUGACAUAUCAGUCACUUCUGUUUUUCUCUCUCUCUCUCUUCCAAGUAGCCACCUCUGUCUGCAAGCUACUGAUGUAACACAGUCACUACGCUUUACAAUAUUCCAAGAAUCGCUUUGAGACAUUUCAAUCACAUGAUAAGGUGUUAUACCAAAUGCAAGGAUGAUUAUUACUAGUGUAUGUUCCAAAGCACUGCCAGUCAAAGUGAUUAAUUUCCCACUGAGAUUAAGAAUAGGAGCUGGGCAUGUAUUUAUAUAUUUAAAGUUGGGAAAGGUGGAGGGAAUGUUGAAGAAAGAUCAGAACCUUAUACACAAGCGUUUUACAAGGCUGUUUCUUGUUAUCUCCUUCUACCUGAUCUAUUUUGUAAAUUUAUUUUCUGUGUAGAGCGGAAUCGUGCUGAGAGGUUCUUCAAAGGGCAUUGAUGGUUCAUCUACGAGAAAUCAAUGUUGUGCCCUUCUCAGUCGGAUUGAAGAUUUGUUUCAUCAAACCUUAGAAAUUAGGUUUGCUGUAAUAUUGAAUGCAGGGUCAAUCAAAAGUCCUAACUCAUAGGUCUCCGUGAGAUGUCCAAACUCCUUGCCAUGGAGACGUUUACACAUAUUGACUCGCUGACAAAAAAAACUUUCGCAAACACAUCUGCAAUAGCUGCACACUCUCUACCAAUGUUGUCUUCUUAAAAGGGAGUCCUGUCGCGUAGUGGUUAGAGCGCGCGCCUCGCAAGCGAGAGGACCCGUGUUCCAUUCUCGGUGGUUAGUCAAUUGGCGGAUCUCUUUGUGGGUGUAAGAA